GCUGUUCUGUAUGUUGUAGUGCUUCAGUGUCAGAUGAACAUGGAUGUCACUUACUCUUCUAGAGAGAUUUGUGCCUUUAAAGGCGCAACGGUGGACAUACAGUGCGUCUACAGUCACCACAGGUUUUUCACUCUCAUAAAAUCGUUGUGGAUUGUGGACAGUCCCAGCAGUAAAAAAGUAGAUCUGAGUCAACAUCCACAGUACACGGGUCGCGUGGAGUCCAGCUGUGAGGGGAACUACUGCACGCUGACGAUCUUUGAAAUGAGAGAGAGCGACGCGGGUACGUACAUGUUCAAGUUCACAGUCAUACAAGCCAGUACUGGGAUCGGGAAGAGCUUCACCGGAGUACCUGGAGUCAGCUUGUUUGUAUCAGGUAACGCACAAACACCACUGUCGCCGAAGCAGUCCUGUCAACUUCAGUUUAGGACAAAUCCUCAAGUAUCUAGUGUGUAUGGCCCCUUACACUAUCCCGAGGUGAAGGUGAUCAGAACAACUUUCCUGCGGUACUACGCUGAGGCGGAGUUUAAGUGUGUUAGCGCCUGUCCCGCAAUGAAUGUGUCCAACUGUGUCUGGUACAAAAAUGGACAACGUGUCCUAGGUAAAAGUCUUUGCUCCUACACGGCCUGGUUCCAUCCUGAGGACGACGUGUCCUGUGCUAUCCAAGGGCUCGAGCAUUCCCGCGCUCGCUCAGUGUAUCCUCCAAGGCUUGAUGGCGUGUUAGUGAGUCCCCCGGGAGACAUAGUGGAGGGCACCGCAGUCACUCUGAACUGCAGAAGUGAUGCUCACCCUGCUGCAAGUCUGUCCUGGUACAAGAGGACCACAUAUCUAAACCACAACGAAUCCCAGCUGGUCUUUACGUCCAUCCAAUCUUCAGACUCAGCUGACUAUUAUUGUAGUGUGCAGAAUCAGUUGGGAAACACCACAUCGGAGCCCGUCUUGGUUGAUGUCCAAUAUGCUCCCAGGUCAUCCUCUUUGUCUGUGAGUCCGUCUGAUGUCGUCGAGGAAGGACAGUUGGUGACCCUGACCUGCAGCAGCGAUGCCAACCCGGCCGCUAGCUACACCUGGUACAAGAAUCAUAAAAUCCUGACCCAAAACGGUCAAGAACAUUACAGUUUCUUCCACAUCAGCCCUGAAGAUGCCGGCAUUUUCUGCUGUGAGGCUGAAAAUAAAUUUGGCCGUGUUAAUUCUUCUUCAGUCUUCAUAGAUGUCCAGUAUGUGCCAAAGCAUCUCUCCGUGUCUAUGGUCCCGCCCAACGACAUAGUGGCAGGCAGCAGCCUCGCCUUGAUAUGCCGCAGUGAUGCUAGCCCGGCCGCUAGCUACACCUGGUACAAGGAGGACAUGUUGUCUCCUCUGGCAUCAGGUCAGACGCUCACCAUCAUAGACAUUAGAUCAGAGCAGAGUGGCAAUUAUUCCUGUGAGGCCCACAACAGCAGGGGGCGCCACAACAUCACGGUGCAAGUGAGCGUGAAUGGAGAUUCCCAAACAAGAAGGAAUAACAUCAUCAGGCUGAGUGUGGCGGUUCUGUUCGUGAGCCUGCUGCUUGUGCUGACUCUGCACUUGAGGACUUCACGCAGGAAGACAAAGUCUCCCUCGUCCACCGCAGAGCCAAAUGAGCUCGUCCAGCCUGCAGAGCUGGAUGAAGGCGACUAUGAGAACAUCCGCACUACAGAGCUUGCUGAUUGGUGGGGGAUUUGUACUCCCACUGAGAUCUGUGCCCUGGAAGGAACAACAGUGGAGCUUCAGUGCUCCUUCACCUACCCGCCCACACAAGACGGGCGUGAGACAAGGGUUGAGAAAAGAGUGUGGUUCAUCAACGGUCCAAAUCAUCACCCUGAAGAUCUGAUGUUGGACCCUGAGUACUUUGGUCGUUUACAGUCUGACUGUCAUGGCGACCGCUGCAAUCUGACCAUCUCAGACCUGAGACAGAGCGCCGUGUACAAGUUCAAAUUCACAACUAACCAUCCGAUCAAAGGAAGCUACACCAUCCUGCCUGGAGUCAAUGUGACUGUCACUGAUCUCAGGGUACAAGUGUUCCGUGGUCAUUACUGGAAAGAUAUGAAGUGUCUGAGCAGAUGCAGUGCUUGGCCUGCUUCCUCAUACAUCUGGUAUAGGAAUGGAGAGGAAAUCCAAAAUGCAAACUCCCAAGAAUACUCAGAAGACUAUUACCGGUACUCUGAGGACAGCUAUUCCUGUGCAGUAAGAGGACACGAGCAUGCUGCGUCUCCUCCAGUGUGUGCGUACAGCUUAUGUCACCAGGUGGUUUACGACAAGAGACGCAUCUGUGCCCUCGAGGGCUCAUCGGUGGACAUUACAUGCUCAUACAGUAGUGGCAGAUACAUCAUGUCAAAGUUCUGGUUCAGACCAGAUCACUUGCAGGUGCAGGUGGUGGCGGUCAGAGUUGAACCUUCUCACAUUGUUGCACAGCUGUUGUGUCACACACGCUGCCAUCCAGAAGCUCUAUUGUCUUUUGAGUGGCGACGGAAUGGAGAGACGUUUACUGCUGCUGCUGAAGCGACACUAGAAGUCAGGUUACAUCCUGGAGAAUACGUCACCUGUGCUGCGAAAAGCAGCAUCUCCCCUCGCCUGUAUGCGCUGAGCCGCCCCUCUGUGUCUCUAAGUGAUGCUGCUGAGAUACUGGAGGGACGUCCACUGACUCUGACCUGCAGCACUGACGUCUCAGCUAAACACCGCUGGUACAAGAAGUGGGGCCCUUCAAAUAAUACAGUCCUCAGUGAAGACCCACAACUGGUCUUCAGAUCCAUCAGGUCUUCAGACUCAGGAGAGUAUUGGUGUACUGUGGAGAACGAGUUGGGGAAAAAGACAUCAGAACCCGUCCUCAUCGAUGUCCAAUAUGCUCCCAGGUGGUACUCUUUGUCCGUGAGUCAUAGUGUCAUCAAGGCAGGACAGUCGGUGACUCUGACCUGCAGAAGCGGUGGUAACCCGGCUGCUAACUACACCUGGUACAAGGACGGCGCAUUGUCUCCUCUGGCAUCAGGUCAGACGCUCACCAUCAAGAACAUUAGAUCAGAGCACAGUGGCAAUUAUUCGUGUGAGGCCCACAACAGCAGGGGGAGCCGCUACAUCUCUAUGCAAGUGAGCGUGAAUGGAGAUUCCCAAACAAGAAGGAAUAACAUCAUCCGGCUGAGUGUGGCGGUUCUGUUCGUGAGCCUGCUGCUCGUGCUGACUCUGCACUUGAGGACUUUACGCAGGAAGACAAAGUCUCCCGUGUCCACCGCAGAGCCAAAUGAGCUCAUCCAGCCUGCAGAGCAGCUGGAUGAAGGCGACUAUGAGAACAUCCGCACUACAGAGCUGUGACACACACGUCAGCAAAGAGGACGCUUCACUAAUAAACUCGUUGCUUUGUCUGUUCACGUCCUGUUCUUAAAUGUCUCCAUGGUCAAACAGGAGAGAGAAGAAAAGAAUGUGUAGCAAUAGAACGUUACCUUAAAAAAAAUAAAGAAAUGGAAAUAAAUAGAAAAUAAACUACAAUAAAUAGAUAAAUGAUUAAGUAAGUCAAUAGGAGUAAAUAAGAGAUGAAAAGAGAUGAAAGACAAAAGGAGGAUUGAAAAAAAAAUGGACAUGUGAAUAAUAAGAGUACAUCAAAUAAAAAUGAGUGAAAAUGGAUACACAUACAGUAUAUAAUAAAAUUAAUAUUAUGUAUGAUACACACAAAUAUU